CUUGGGAGCUUUUUUUUUCUUUUUUUGUACUCUAGUGCCGUGCGGGCUGGUCCCCCGGUCCCUGAAUAACCGCCUUCUACCCCCUCGCCACUCCCGCCCAAGGUCGCCCCUCCGCCGUCCUCGCCCCGGUCCCGGGGUGGGGGGUGGGUUGCAGAGCUUUGUCCCCGCCCUGCCCACGGGUGUCUCCGCAGCCGUAGCCGCACCUGCCUCAAUAUGAAUGGGUUCAACGACCCACCUCUUUUUAUAAAAGACAUUAAGCCCGGACUGAAAAACUUAAAUGUCGUCUUUAUUGUCCUGGAGAUAGGACGCGUGACCAAAACCAAAGACGGCCAUGAAGUGAGAUCGUGCAAAGUAGCCGAUAAAACUGGCAGCAUCACUAUUUCCGUGUGGGAUGAGAUCGGAGGUCUUAUACAGCCGGGGGAUAUUAUUCGGUUGACCCGAGGGUAUGCGUCCAUGUGGAAAGGAUGUUUGACACUUUAUACAGGAAGGGGUGGUGAACUUCAAAAAAUUGGGGAGUUUUGUAUGGUUUAUUCAGAAGUGCCAAAUUUCAGUGAACCCAACCCAGAUUAUCGAGGACAGCAGAACAAAGGGGCACACAGUGAACAGAAGAAUAAUUCCAUGAAUAGUAAUAUGGGUACAGGUACAUUUGGACCAGUGGGAAAUGGUAUUCAGCCCAACCCUGAGUCAAGGGGAUACCAGUUUUCAUAUGCUGGUAGAAGCAAUGGCCGGGGACCUAUAAAUCCACAGCUGCCAGGAACAACUAAUAACCAGACAGUACUGACCACAAUAAGUAAUGGCAGGGACCCUCGGAGAGCCUUUAAGAGAUGACUAUGCCAAUGCUCACAUGUGGUUCUGAAGCGCUGCGUGUUGUACUUGAACACUUACUGCACUUUUAUUUAUUGUUAACUGUGAAAACUAUGUACUUUAUUGGUUUCCUUUUCCAUAUUUUUUGGUUUGUUAAGAAGAGUGAUUUGUUUUUAUAGCAAAACUGUUAAGCUGCUCAUGUCUUCUGUUGAAGAAUGGGAACACUCUGAAAAGUAGGGGCAUUUAUUUUUAGAGCAAAAAUGUUGGAUAUUCUCCAAAAAAACUUACACCCAUCUCAUGGGUGAAUUAAGACAUAAGUUUUAUAGCCUCUAUGAGUCUAUCUGCUGUACAGAUUUUGUAAUGUUAACAUAAGGCUUAGUGGGAGAUGUUCUUUUAAUUCAGAUAAUUGCCAAUUAAAGCAAUAACUAGCAAAAAAAAAAAAAACUGACAAAGAGCCGACACAAGGCUGGUCAGGCCUAUCAGCAGUGUUUGGGGAUUUGUGACUGUGGGAAUGAUUGACUUCAUCACUGAGUGACUGCCAGAGGCUGUUUGCAAGGACUGAAUCAUUCUAAAUUCUUGUUUCACAAAAAAAAAAAGAUUGACAGAAUUAUGGAACAGAAUGUAAUCUGUACAGUAAUCAAUGAUUUUAGUGGAAAGCUGCAUUUUCUUAUAUUUGGCUAGUGCUCUUAACAUUUGUUACCAAACUUGGUGGAUUAUGUUGAAGGAAAAUUUAAAACAGGACUUGAAUAUUUAUUUUUUCAAAACGACCAUGUUAAAUAUUAAAAUACAAUUUAAAGAAGCUACAAAUUCAUAACAAAUGUUGAUCUAAUUAUUUUUUGAGAGAUAAUUGUGGCCAUCACAGUAAAGGUUACUCUUUCAGGUCGAGUUUAUGUGAUGAUAGACAGUCUUAAGUUAUGGAUAUUAGGCACUUGGGAUUUCCAAGCCUCAAGUGACUAUUGUAGGCACUUUAUUUGUGAGGUAUGUGUGUGUGGUCAAAGUUUCUGAACACAAUUCACAUAGCCUUAUUAGCAAAAGUUAAGUGACUUUCAAAGAUGCAAUUACAGCUUUAUUCAGAAAUGUAAAGAGGGGGGUUAUUUAUGUGCUGUUGAUGGUACCCGCAUCGCCUUUUACUUUUGUAGGAGUGGAUAACUGGUAAAUUUUUGCUUUGUUAGAAUUAAAAUCCAUCUUGAAUAUUAUCUCUUGAAUAAAACCUGCGUUAAUAACAGA